GUCGACGCUCCUCUUACCCCCUCGCCCGGGGUCACUGUUCCGCCCUGCAGAGCGCCCCCUAUACCCCUUUUCCUCUUUCCUCUUUCUUUUCCCCUCCCUCACCCUGCCCCUCGGCAUCAACGCCCCCUUUGGGACUCCGUCCACGCCACCAUCCCCCGCUUCACAAAAUGGCCGCUGCGCCCGGCAUCUGCGGUCACGUGACCCUCCACAUUAUCCGCUCUCGGCCUUUUUCUGGAUAGCUCGGACUUCGGGGAGGCAACACGCAGGCGGGUGGGGGUAGGGUGGGGGCGGGGGAGGGGGCAGGUUAGAACGCAGAAAUCUCACGAGAUCUCCCAAGACCACAGACAAGGAGCUGAAAAAGGAAGGAGGAUUGGGGGGAGGGUGAAAAGAAAGAGAAUUUCCGCGAGAUCUUGAGCGCUCCGAGUCUGGUAGAAAUCGGGAAAGAGGAGUUCUCGCGAGGCCUUGAGGGUUCGAGGACGAGGGGGGGUGGGGGGAGGGGGGAGGGGAAAGGGGAAAGGACGUAGUUGGGGGGGGGGUAGCGAAAGAGAAGCUCUCGCGAAUUUUUGAGGACUUUGCUCCGCUGAAGCGGUGGGAGAAUAGGCUGUGACGGCUGGUUCCCGCGAGGUUAGGGCUGACUGAUUGGCGCGGCAACCAGAAAGGAGAAGCGGUAGUGGUGGCGGUAGGGGGAGGUGUGCGCUGGGUAGGGAGAGGAGGCGACGGGGGACGGGCACGUCUUACGUGCUGACGUACGAGCCGUCGGAGUGGGUAUAUUAGGGCCGUGGCCGCGCCGGGCGUUCCAGAGCCGCAGUUCCCCGGUGAGAGGUGCUUUGCGGUGAGACAUCCCCCUCACACAGUUGAUCCGCAGUGGUAACGCCAGAGUCCCCGGUACUCUUCAGGGAUGAGUCAUGUGGCGGUGGAGAAUGCGCUCGGGCUGGAUCAGCAGUUUGCUGGCCUAGACCUGAAUUCUUCAGAUAAUCAGAGUGGAGGAGGUACAGCGAGUAAAGGACGUUAUAUUCCUCCUCAUUUAAGGAACAGAGAAGCUUCUAAGGGAUUCUACGAUAAAGAUAGUUCGGGGUGGAAUUCUGGUAAAGAUAAGGAUGCAUAUAGCAGUUUUGGCUCUCGUAGCGAUACAAGAGGGAAGUCCAGUUUCUUCAGUGAUCGUGGAAGUGGAUCAAGAGGAAGAUUUGAUGAUCGUGGAAGAAGUGACUACGAUGGCAUUGGCAGUCGUGGUGACAGAAGUGGCUUUGGCAAAUUUGAUAGGAGUGGGAAUAGUCGAUGGUCUGAUAAAUCAGAUGAGGAUGACUGGUCAAAACCACUUCCACCAAGUGACCGCUUGGAGCAGGAACUCUUCUCUGGAGGAAACACUGGAAUUAACUUUGAGAAAUAUGAUGACAUUCCUGUUGAGGCAACAGGCAACAACUGUCCCCCACACAUUGAAAGUUUUAGCGAUGUUGAAAUGGGAGAAAUUAUCAUGGGUAAUAUUGAACUUACUCGUUACACUCGUCCUACUCCAGUGCAGAAACAUGCUAUUCCUAUUAUCAAAGAAAAGAGGGACUUGAUGGCUUGUGCCCAAACAGGAUCUGGAAAAACUGCUGCAUUUCUUCUGCCAAUUUUGAGUCAGAUUUAUACAGAUGGUCCAGGCGAAGCAUUGAGGGCUAUGAAGGAAAAUGGAAGGUAUGGGCGUCGUAAACAAUACCCAAUUUCCCUGGUUUUAGCGCCAACAAGAGAACUGGCAGUACAGAUCUAUGAGGAAGCCAGAAAGUUUUCAUAUCGGUCUAGAGUUCGUCCAUGUGUAGUCUAUGGUGGUGCCGAUAUUGGUCAACAGAUUCGAGACUUAGAACGUGGAUGCCACUUGCUUGUGGCAACUCCAGGACGUCUGGUAGAUAUGAUGGAAAGAGGAAAGAUUGGCUUAGAUUUUUGCAAGUAUCUAGUGUUGGAUGAAGCUGACCGUAUGCUUGAUAUGGGGUUUGAACCUCAGAUUCGUCGUAUAGUUGAGCAAGAUACUAUGCCACAAAAGGGAGUUCGCCACACUAUGAUGUUUAGUGCUACUUUCCCCAAGGAAAUACAGAUGCUUGCUCGUGACUUCUUGGAUGAAUAUAUCUUUCUGGCUGUAGGCAGAGUUGGCUCUACUUCUGAGAACAUCACACAGAAAGUAGUGUGGGUGGAAGAAUCAGACAAACGGUCAUUUCUGCUUGACCUCCUAAAUGCCACAGGCAAAGAUUCACUGACCUUAGUGUUUGUGGAGACCAAAAAGGGGGCAGAUUCCUUAGAAGAUUUCUUAUACCAUGAAGGAUAUGCUUGUACCAGUAUCCAUGGAGACCGAUCUCAGAGAGAUCGAGAAGAAGCACUUCACCAGUUCCGCUCAGGAAAAAGCCCAAUUUUAGUAGCUACAGCAGUAGCAGCAAGAGGACUGGAUAUUUCCAAUGUGAAACAUGUCAUAAACUUUGAUUUGCCGAGUGAUAUUGAAGAGUAUGUACAUCGAAUUGGUCGUACAGGUCGUGUUGGGAACCUUGGUCUUGCCACUUCAUUCUUCAAUGAGAGGAACAUCAACAUUACCAAGGAUUUGCUGGAUCUUCUUGUUGAAGCUAAACAAGAAGUGCCAUCGUGGCUAGAAAGUAUGGCUUAUGAACAUCACUAUAAGGGUAGCAGUCGUGGACGUUCUAAGAGUAGUAGAUUCAGUGGAGGUUUUGGUGCCAGAGAUUAUCGACAAAGUAGUGGUGCCAGCAGUUCUAGCUUUAGUAGUAGUCGAGCAAGCAGCAGCCGCAGUGGUGGCGGAGGUGGCGGUCAUGGCAGCAGCAGAGGAUUUGGUGGAGGUGGCUAUGGAGGCUUCUACAACAGUGAUGGAUAUGGAGGAAAUUAUAACUCCCAGGGGGUUGACUGGUGGGGUAAUUGAAUCUGCUCACAGCAGGUCACCCUACCAAACAAGCUAAUAUGGAAACCACAUGUAACUUAGCCAGACUAUACCUUGUGUAGCUUCAAGAACUCGCAGUACAUUACCAGCUGUGAUUCUCCACUGAAAUUUUUUUUUUAAAGGGAGCUCAAGGUCACAAGAAGAAAGGAAAGGAACAAUCAGCAGCCCUAUUCAGAAGGUGGUUUGAAGACUUCAUUGCUGUAGUUUGGAUUAACUCCCCUCCCACCCACCCCUACCCCAAACUGCAUUUAUAAUUUUGUGACUGAGGAUCAUUUGUUUGUUAAUGUACUGUGCCUUUAACUUUAGACAACUUUUAUUUUGAUGUCCUGUUGGCUCAGUAAUGCUCAAGAUAUCAAUUGUUUUGACAAAAUAAAUUUACUGAACUUGGGCUAAAAUCAAACCUUGGCACACAGGUGUGAUACAACUUAAACAGGAAUCAUCGAUUCAUCCAUAAAUAUUACAAGGAAAAACUUAUGCGGUAGCCUUCAUUAGGGCUUUUGAUACUUGCAGAUUUGGAAAAACAAAACCAAAAACCAAAAACAAACAUCUUGAAGCAUAUCAAUGGAAUUAGUUUCUAAUGUGGCAAACUGUACUAAGUUAAAGUUCUGAUUUGCUCACUCUAUCCUGGAUAGGUACUUAGAACCUGAUAGUCUUUAAUAAGCCAUUCCAGUCAUGAUGAGGUGAUGUAUGAAUACAUGCAUACAUUCAAAGCACUGUUUUCGAAGUUAAUGCAAGUAAAUACAGCAAUUCCUCUUUCAAUGUUUAGGCAGAUCAUUAAUGUGAGCUAGCCAAAUGUGGGCAGAAUAUUACAGGGAAAGUUUAAAGGUCUGAUAACUUGAAAUAGUUUUUAGGAGAAUUCAUCUAUUUAGACUUUUUAAAUGCCUGCCAUAAAUGAAAAUUGAAAUGGUAGAAUGGCUGACCACAGCAGUGACUGGUCCUCUUUAAGGGCCUGACUGAUUUUGGUCUAAUAACGCAUGCUAGUGUUGAUGUUUUUUGGUCAAGAGGGUAUGAACAGGAAGAAUUAUGCAGCAGGCUUUAUUUUAAUGCAGAUUCACAUUACUCUGUUCAAGCUGCGUUGAGAUGUUAAACUGGCUUACUGUAGACUUUGUAAAAAUGGCUCCAGAAGAGUAACAAACUGAAAUCUUUGAGAUCACAGAGGUUGGAAAUAUGUACAUAACUGCACAAGGUGUCAAUUCUGCUAUCAGUGCAGUUUUAGUCAGUUUUAGUUGCAUAGGUUUCCAUUGUAUUUAUAGUCUGUUUAUGCUAAAUCUGGCCAAAGAUGAGUAUUGUCCACCACUAAAAAUGCCUCUGCCACUUGGAAUUUCUGUGCUAACUUUGUGGCCAGAGUGCCGUGAUCAAAACUCUCAAUCUUUUUUCAGUGGCAUAGGAAGACGGCAAAAAUCUCCUAAAGUGCAAUAGAUUUUCAAGUGUAUUGUGCCUUGUUCUAAAACUUUUAUUAAGUAGGUGCACUUGACAGUAUUGAGGUCAUUUGUUAUGGUGCUAUUUCAAUUAGUCUAGGUUUAGGCCCUUGUACAUUUUGCCCAUAACUUUUUACAAAAUACUUCUUUUAUUGCACAUUCAGAGAAUUUUAUAUAUAUGUCUUGUGUGCGUGUCCUUAAACUUCCAAUCUUAUUUUGUCUCUUGGAGAUUGUUGAACGCAGCUUGUCUAAGAAGGGGAAGGGACUAGAUUCUAAAAUUUAUUUGGGACCAUGGGAAUGAUAGUUGGGAAGAAAACUAUUUGCACACGACAGAUUUCUAGAUACUUUUUGCUGCUAGUUUUGUGUAAUAUUUAUUGAACAUUUUGACAAAUAUUUAUUUUUGUAAGCCUAAAAGUGAUUCUUUGAAAGUUUAAAGAAACUUGACCAAAAGACAGUACAAAAACACUGGCACUUGAAUGUUGAAUGUCACCGUAUGCGUGAAAUUAUAUAUUUCGGGGUAGUGUGAGCUUUUAAUGUUAAGUCAUAUUAAACUCUUAAGUCAAAUUAAGCAGACCCGGCAUUGGCAGUGUAGCCAUAACUUUCUGAUGUUAGUAAAACAAAAUUGGCAACUUGAAAUUAAAACAUGCCAAGGUUUUGAUACACUUGUCUUAAGAUAUUAAUGAAACACUUCUAAACACUGAUGUGAAGUGUCCAGAUUCUCAGAUGUUUGUUGCGUGAGUUUUGUUUAGUUGUGUGUUUUUGUUUUUUUUUUUUUUUUCUCCGUGAAUGUCUGGCACAUUGCAAUCCUCAAACAUGUGGUUAUCUUUGUUGUAUUGGCAUAAUCAGUGACUUGUACAUUCAGCGGUAACAUUUUAGCAAGUUUUAUCAGCCAGCAAUAUUUUCAGUUCAUAAAUAAGGAUUCAAAAAUCAUAUGCAAGAAUGGAUUUAAACUUGCUGAAUGUAAAGAUUGAACUUCAAGUCACUGUAGGUUUAGUAAUUGCUUAUUGUAUUAGUUUAGAUGCUAGCACUGCAUGUGCUGUGCAUAUUCUGAUUUUAUUAAAAUAAAAAGUUGAACUGCA